AUGCACGUCGGACGGAAACCCGACCAGCCGCCUGACCUGGGAAAGCACAGCGACCUAACUCGCGUAGAAGUGCUUUCCGGAGAUGUUGGGGAUAUUUGCACCCGUGAGAGCAGUCCAUCAUUUGGUCCAGAAGAUCGAGUUCAGUUGUUACAAUGGAAUCAGAACAUCACCCAGCCGGGGAAGAGCUGCGUCCACACCCUGAUCCAGGAAAAGGCUCUGACCCAACCUGAUGCACCAGCUAUCCACAGUUGGGAUGGCGCAAUGACUUACGCUGAGUUGGAUCGGUCCUCUUCGGCGGUGGCUGCGCAUCUCACGAGUGUUGGGAUUGGCUCGGAAGUGCUUGUUCCUCUAUGCUACGGGAAAUCUCGAUGGGCGGUCGUUGCGAUGCUAGCCGUGUUGAAGGCUGGUGGAGCAUUUGUCCUGAUCGAUCAAGCUCUACCAAUGCAAAGAAUGCAGGCCAUAUGCGAUCAGAUCCGGCCCAAGAUUGUCAUAACGUCGUCACAGCAUGCGGCCGUCGGCGCCAACUUCGCCUCCAAAGUUGUCGUCGUGGAUGAGAGAUCCGAGUUCGCCCUGGAUCCCAGUUGGCAAUCGCCCCCAGCAAGCCCUGAGAAUGCCCUCUACGUCAUGUUUACCUCUGGGUCAACAGGGCAGCCUAAGGGCGUAGUGGUGGAGCACAAGUCGUACAGCAACCAUGCACUGGCCUGCGCCAAAUGUAUGUCACUAGAUAGCAGUGCUCGAGUUCUCCAGUUCACGUCAUAUGCGUUUGACAUUACCAUCUUGGAGAUCUUAGGGACUCUGAUUGUUGGAGGGUGUGUUUGCAUACCCUCAGACGAGGAGCGGCUGGGCAACUUGGCUGGCGCUAUCAAUGCCCUGCAUGUGAACACCCUUAUGCUCACGCCAUCCGUCUCUCGGCUUCUCACUCCAGCCGACAUCCCGUGUGUCAAGACAUUGGUGCUUGCUGGCGAACCGAUGACUGCGGAAGACAUAGGCAAAUGGACUGGCAAGGUAACGUUAGUUAAUGGAUACGGCCCGGCGGAAUGUACUGUGUUAUCCACGAUACAGAAUGACAUGCAACUCAGCUCCCACCCGAGAGAUAUCGGCCGUGCGGUAGGCUGCACGUCCUGGGUAGUGGACCAAGACGACCCUUGCCAGCUUCUUCCCAUUGGCGCUAUCGGAGAGCUCCUGAUCGAGGGCCCGAAUGUUGGACGCGGAUAUCUUAAUCGCGAGGCCCUGACCCGACGGGCUUUUAUUAACAGCCCCCCUUGGCGCAAUCAAUUCCCGGGUUGGGACGUUUAUGAUCGGAUGUACAAGACUGGUGAUCUUGUGCAAUACGCCUCCGACGGUAGUCUUCGCUACAUUGGCCGAAAAGAUUUGCAGGUGAAACUACGCGGGCAACGUUUGGAAUUAGCCGAGGUCGAGCACUACGUCCGAGUUUGCUUCCCUAGUGCAGGUACAGUGAUAUGCGAGAAGAUCGUCCGGAACGACCUUUCCUGUAGCCAAGCGGAGAUAUUGGUUGCCUUCGUCCAUGUCCAUUCCCCAGGGAGCAGCGAUAGCGGCCGUAACCCCUUGCCGGCUGGUGCUGCCGAUCUUGCACCCCCCAGCGACACAUUUCGAGAACAAGUCGAGACAGCUGCAGGAGACCUACAUAAAGUCCUACCCGCCUACAUGAUACCGACGGUCUUCCUGCCGCUCUACCGGGUCCCUUUGAGCCCGACUGGCAAGACAGAUCGCAGGCAUCUGAAUUCCCUAGCACAGCUGCUGCCUCGGUCUGCUAUCGAGGCAUACGGAGUCCAACAACGAGCAUUUAAGCGAGCGCCGAGCACACCGGAGGAAUGGCAACUUCGGGUCCUGUGGUCGGACAUUCUGGGUCUACCCGCCGACGACAUCGGGGCCGAUGACGACUUCUUCUGGCUUGGGGCCAAUUCUCUUGACGCAAUGAAGAUGGUCAGCCGCGGCCAUGCGAGAGGGAUGCUUGGGCUCACGGUGCCCGCCGUAUUCGAGUUCCCAACCUUGUCCGCUCUCGCCCCUGUAAUUCACCAGAGACGGAUUGAAGAUCACAUAGCAUCGCUUCCUCGGCCGGAAUGGGACUUUUCCUGCCUGCCGGCCAGCGUGACUGAGGAGUGGCAGUCUAGCGAUAUUGUGGCUGUCCUGCCCACCACCGACUUUCAACGUAUCUAUCUCGAUGCCGGUCUGAAGAACUACUACAUCUGGCGGAUUGACCGUCCUAUAGAUGUGGAUCAACUCCAGCACGCCCUUCAAACACUCUGCGACCAAGUCCCCGUGCUACGGUCGCUUUUCGUUCGCCAUGCUGAUACCACUCUCCAAGUGGUGCUGCGUCGAAUGCAGGUAGAGCUGACACAGACCAUCGUUGAUGAGGACAGUGUCGACGAAGAGUGCCGUUCCUGGUGUGCGAUUGACAACAACUCGCCAGAGGUCCCAGAUGGCUCGCCGUAUUUCAAGCCCAUACUGAUAUCUUCCAAGCCGUCAAAGCACAUCUUGAUCCUCCGCCUAUCCCAUGCUCAGUUUGACGGCUCAACGCUCCCCCACUUACUCGGUGCCCUUGUGCGGGCUUAUCAAGGUCAUGAACUAUCGCAGCCAGUCGUGGAUUUUACUGCCUACAUGCAGCAUCGCCUGGCCCGCCGUACGCCCGCUGCGUACUGCUUUUGGAGAGAUUACCUGCACGGGGCGUCCUUGUUGGGGUGGGAUUGGCUCACUGGCAACGCUUCGGGGGACAAUACUAUUCACCGGGCGUUUGUGGUUGGAAUCGACAAAUUCCCGCUUUCGAGCCCACCGCGUGGCAUCACGAUGGCGACCUUGGUCAAGGCAGCAUGGGCGUUAGCGUUGGCUCGACUAAGCAAGCAGACAGACCUUGUCUUUGGCCAUACGGUGAGCGGGCGGAAUAUGCCGAUCCCUGACGUGGAUCGAAUGGCUGGUUGCUGUAUCAAUACUGCCCCCAUUCGCGUCCGUAUCCAGCCUGCCUGGACUGCUCACGAGCUCCUCCGCCACGUCCACACUCAAUACACUCGCACUCUUGACUACGAGACGAUCGAGCCCAGUGAGAUCAUGGCACAGUGCACAGCCUGGCAAGGAAAGCCCGACUUUGGGAGUGUCGUCACCCACAAUCAAUUUGAUAACGCGGCCACCGCUGUUCUAGAGGGAGCAUCUGAUCGCCUUGAGCCUCUGCAUCUUGGGAUUUCCGAAGAUGUAUUCCAGAGCAUGUCAUGGCCAGUUCAGCUCAUGACUGAGCUGCACGGCUCGGAGAUGGAAGUGAUCAUUCUGGCAUCAAGCCACAUGUUGCCACAAGACCGGGCAGACUGGAUGAUUGGAAAUUUCAAACAAGCAUGUCUUGACCUCCUGAACUCUGGCACAUCCAGUCCGCUUCAGCUUGAUGAUACUUCAAAGGGCCCAGUUGUUGGCUAA